ACCCACACAGAGAGAGAGAGACCUGUUGAGUUGUCGGGGGUUAAAAGGGUGUUGGUUUGAUUCCUUCAGCUCUUUCUCUUGUUAAAAACCUGUCGGACGGGUCGAGUCUCUACCGGGAACCGAACACAGCUCGCGCAUCACGGAGAGCUCGCGCUGAGAGUCACUGCUGCUUUUCAGAGAACAGCAACACAACAGGAAAGAACGAGAAGGAGAGACUCACAUCCAACCAGUCCGAGGAGUCUGAAACAAAGGUGAAACCACGUCGCCAUGGCACGGAUUCUGUCACUCGUCUUAAUCACAUUCUUUGCGCUCGUCCUGGCAGAGGAUCAGAAGGAAGAGGAUAAUCCAUUCGAGUUUGAUUAUAAACGGCUGCGUGUCGGAGGGCUGAUCAUGGCCGCGGUGUUGUGUCUGAUCGGCAUUACGAUCCUCCUCAGUGGACACUGCAGGUGCAAAUUUAACCAGGGCAAGAGGAGGAGGACCGGAAGUAACACAGCAACCCAGCAGAUGCUCAAUGACACAGCACGAGCCAGUGAAUGUUAAACGCUCCUGAAGGACGACUCUGUGUUGAGCUGAUGGACGGAGAAGGGUGAAGAUCCUGCAGUACCUUUUAUCACACCACGAGCAUGCUGGUUGAAAACAAAACAAUGUGCCCUUUAUGAUAUAAAUACUGUUUUUAUUAUGAUGAUUAUUAUCUUCUUCCACAUGUGUGCUGCUUUCACGGCUCCUCAUCUGGAAAAAAUGGCUCCUGGGCUUUCAUCAGAUGUUUAUUUCAACUAGCAGAACAAAUAACCCCAAAAAACCCACAAUUUUUUGUGUGGAAAUCACGACAACAUGAGUUUCUGUGUUUUUAACGUGUUUACUAAAAUGUUUUUUUUUUAAAGAUCCUGUUGAUCAGUUUUAGUGACAUCACACAGCGUAUAACCAAAAAGUCCGAGCGAUCUGUCCACAUGGUGUCGUUCUAUCCCCAGCUUGUUCCUGUCAGUGCUGAGAAUGUAAUCGACAGUGUUAUGCUACGCUUCAUAGCUGACUGACUGUUUGACAAAUAAAACACUGUUUGUUUGAUUGAUUGAAUAACUACCUGUUGUUUUUUUUAAUUUUUUUUAGAGCUCAUCAUUUUCUAGCAGGUUGUUCACGUGGUUGUUUUUGUCCACACUGCUGAAUAAAACACUAAAACUCUCCGAGUA